UAGAGACUGGCUAUAAAAGAGUCAACUCCCAGUCACAACUCACCAGACCCACCAACUAAACAACCGUGUUGUAGCUACAUCAGCUGAUAUUUCAAGAUGUUCAAGGAAAUCUUCCUGCUCUCUGUUAUUGCCUGUGCCGUCCUGGCAACAGAAAACUACUGGUGCCCUAAGUCAGGCGACGCAUUCCAAUGUUUCGAGUCAGCUAAACAAGCCAGAUUUUGUUUGUCUAAUGGCCAGGAGACAAAAACUAUUUGCGGCAAAUGCAGGAAGAAGUUCGAAUUUUGCAGAAACGGCAUGAAAUCCUCCACCAGACCAGAUGUUGACUGUGGCCCAAGUUGGCAGAGUACACCAUGUACAGAUGACAUCUCCGAGGUUCCAACCGUUUUCUAAAAAAUGCAGGUUUUCAUAUAAAAUCAGAGAUCUCUACUUGUGAGCUUCCUUCAGAAAUAUCUCAAGCAGAAUUUGAAGACUUGCUCAGCCUUUGUUAAGUGUAUUAAUCAAUGUAUUUAUUUAUGUUAAUUGCCAUCUGAUGACUUAUGAUAAUAAACAAUACAAAAA